AUGGAAGACACAUCAGAUAGUCGCUUUGAAGUUGUUACAACGGAAAGGUCAGGUGCAGAGCAGCCCUCUGCGUCCUCAGAACGAAGAGCACCAGAUGCCCCAUUCAGCGCAUCAUCUGAGAGCAUGUCUCCUGUUACCAAUGAGAAUUAUUCUACUUUACCUGAAGUAAGAAAUUCAGAAAGGGAAGAACAAACAUCUCAAAACUCAGUACUAUCAGAGAAUACAGCAAGUGGGACAGUAACAGGAAGCAUGAUUGACGAUAAUGAAACUCUUAGGAGGACUAAGGCUAACUUUGAAACUAUCCGGUCUGAGAAGUUAUGUCUUGAUCAGGAACAUUUUCCUGGGAAAACAGUUCAACAGGAUUACCACAUGCCUGAUGUCAUAACUGUCAGAGUACAAACAGAUCCUGAUUCAUUCCAAGAUGUAGUUGUAAAAAUUGAAAGACCUACCUAUCAUAAACCGUUUCUGGGUGGAUUUAAGAACAGGAUAACAGGUGUGGAAUUUCAUAAUGCAGGAUCACAAACGAUACCCAAAAAACGACCUGACAAAGGAAUUCAGUUAUUUUGUAGGGAAACACAGACAGUUUUUGAAAAAAAUAAGCCACAACAAACAAAAAGUACAACAUCAACACAGAUGACUAAAAUUGGCCUAUAUGUGUCAAACGUGACUGACAAACUAGUAAGUCCUGGAAAGUAUCUUACAGCGGAAGAAUACCAUAAACGUAGACUUGAAGCAGUAAUAGUAUUACAGACGUAUUUCCGUCGUUGGUGUGCUAUAAAUGUAGUGCAAAAUCUGAGGGAAGAAAAGAGCUUAAGGCUUGCAUGGGAGGCACAAGAAGAGUUACGGAGAAAAAAAGAGAAAGAAGGAAAACUGAGAAGGGAGCACGAGCGAAGACUAAACCCUAAAACAAAAGAAGAUUUUGAGCUACUGUACCAUGCUUUAGAAUUAUGGAGGCAGGAGGAGACUGAACGGAUUAACAGAACUCUUACUGGAGCUGAAAGAAAGGCAGCAUUUUGUGGACUUCUGGAUCAAGAGGCACAGCUGAUUGCUUCCAUUGGGAGACAUAAACUAAAUGCAGAUGAGGAGAAUCAACAAAAAGCAAUACUGCACUUUCUGGAUAAGUGUGCACAACCUAAGAGAUGGAAAGCAUAUGAUGGAAAAAUCACUGAAAUGGAUACACAGUACACGCUCCGUGCCAGAGAACUAUUUGAAAUCUACCGCAGCGUUAGCAUGAAUGACAUCCCAAAAGAUGAGAGAAUAGAUGUGCUGUUAACACUGAGACGUACAGUGAAGGAACAUGAAUAUAAAUUAACACGGGAAAUAGUGGAAUUAAUUGACAGGGAAGUUGAUCUUAUGUCGAGAGAAGUGAAAGAAUGCAACUUAGAAGGACUGAGGAAAAGAAUUUGUACAUUAUUUCUUCAGUAUAUUAAAACUCCAAAGUUUAACCCUGAAGUUGCUAGAAUGCUUAAGGUUCCACCAGAUCCCUUAAAGCUCUAUAAAAAUGUUAACUUCUGUCAUAGUUGCGAAAAUUACUUACCGUCUACUGAGUUUCCUGUUCCUGCUAAUUCCCGCACCAUUGGCAGAUGUCGCUUGUGUGGCAAGCUUGAUAAUGAGGCUCGGCGGCGAGAACCAUCUUUGAAGUACAAACUUAUACUAGAAAAUCUCAGAAAGUCUGAAGCUGAUUAUCAGGAUGAUGCUAAAAUUGUUUUCUUAGUUCAGCAUCAAGAUCUGCAGUACAUGAUUGAGAACAUAUGGGGCUGUCAGUCAGCUCUCAGUGCUUGCAGUGACCUCUACGAUUUGGUUAUGGUCAGAUGGAAUAAACAGCAUGAGUGGUCUCCGUGGAACACUAUUCUCCUCACUAAAGAUGAGGCAGAUGCACAUCUUAAGCUGUGUAACCUUCAGAAGGCUUAUGAAGCGGCAUUUAUUCACAGAAUAAAACAUAAGCAUAUCCGGGCAAAAAACUACUUUGCUCAGAUUCCAGCGAUGACAUCGUUUUUGCAUAGGAGUGACAAUCAGGCUAAUGCAAAUGAAUUUUUAAUAGCUACGCCUAUUCCUACUGGUACAAAAACAUAA